AUGGAUGUUGCUGACAUGCUCAUAGAUAAAAUCCAUGAGUGGGUGAAGCUACAGAAGGAAGGUGCAGAGAAGUUUGACCAACUGGCCACAGAGCUGGAGAAAACCAAGAAAGUCUGCAACAUCAGCAAAGUAGUAGGCAGCUCAGUGUCUGUAGGAGGAGCAGCAGCCAUGACAGUUUCUGGUAUAUCAGCCCUCCUGACCGGAGGAGCUGCCAUCCCGUUUCUCUUCACUGCAGGAGCCGUGGCUUCUGGGCUCGGUCUGACCACUAAUGUGGCUUCAGAUGUUACAGACAUUACUGUAUCAAGCCUAAAAAUGAAAGAAGCUAAAGAGAUCGCUGAAAAGAUUGAGAAUCUUGAAAAGGGGAUCAAGAAACUGAUGGAAACAUUGAAAGAGGAAGGAGAGAGGAGGGAAAAAGAGGCUCUGUCCUUUGGGAAACUUUCUCCAGAAGAUUAUGUUGUACAAAGGAUCCUGGGGGCCAUGGCCAAACGAGAGGGGCUGAUACUAAAUGCUGGGAUCAGUCUGCACAUGAUGUUAUCUGGCUUGUCUAAAACCGUGAUCACUGAUAAGGCUGAUGAUUUUGGUGUUCUUGGGAUUUCCCUGGUUUCUAAAUUUGUGAUGAUUGCAGCUAGAAAGUCUGGGAAAAGUUUGGUGUCAAAUGGACUUCCAGAACUGGCAGCAUCCAUGGGAGCAAAAGCAGCGGGCAAAGCAGUUGGACGGAACGCAAAAUACAAGCAGGUUGGAGCAGGAGUCAUUGGGCUGGCAUUUUCAGUUCCUGAGCUGGUGGUCAACUGUAUCGACAUAAACAACUGUAGGACUGAAGCCAGUGAGAGUCUGAAGAAGAACGCUGUGGACAUACGGAUAGCUUCUGACCAGAUGGAGAAGGAUCUUAAAGACAUUCAAGAGAUCUUCCGGAGGUUAGCCAAAGUUAAACGCUGCAUUGAAAACAAAACCAGGAGCAAUGACGACAGGAAAACUUUGUUAAAGUUUGCAAAGGAAAGCUGCAAAGAUGAAGCUAUUAGACUGUGGCUCACAGAGAACACAGAGUCUGAGAUCUUCUCCAAGCUGGUGGACAUGUUUCAGUUCCUGAAGGAAAGGAUUGACGAGGAAGAGAAGAACAACCACAGCAACGAUGUUGACAUCACCUUUGUGGCUCAUGGAGCCAUCAAAGCCUCCAUGAUGUCAGCCAGCUGUCUGCUGCCUCUGCCCACCAUCUCUGACGUGGUUCUGUACUCUCCCUGGAACUGUUAUCUGGAAGCUAAUGCAGCAUACGGUGUCGCUACAGGGAAGCUUCAACCUGUCCACAGAACCUUUUACUGCUCAUCUGGACGUGGCUGCAAGAUUCCAGAUGAAAAUCAUCGACCUGAGAAUCUGCCCAAUAUGUGGAACUCCAUGAAGAAAGCUGGAAAUCAGAAGGUUCCCAACAUCAUUGUGUCUCCUCUAAAAAUACCUGAAGAUGGUGCCUGGAAGAAAAUUGAGUUCCUAGAAGACAAACAUGGUGAACCUGGAAAAAAUCGUAUCAUCAUCCCACUCAUCCUCCCAUCGAUUGAUCCAAAAGAAAAUAUCCCUCUCCCUGUGGUCACCUUGGCUCUGUCGCUGGUGCUCAUGUUCUCCCGGUUUCAGGCCACGCUCCACCUCACCAUCUGUCUGGGGAAACUAUCUAGAAAAAUUAAGCUUGAUGAGGAAGCUCUGAAGCAGGAGUAUGCUUGCACCAUCGACUACACAGGAAUGACCUCAACAGAGAAGAUGUUGGUCUCCACCUUCUCAGACAUCAUUUCUUCAGUGAAAAGAUUCGUCUGGAGAACUGAAAGCAGUGAAGAAACCCAAGAGGGAGCACAUGAGAGGCUGUCCAAAGCUUUCAAAGCUUUGUUUGGUUAAACGUCUGAGUGACAGAAGGAGGUUUGUGAAGGAAUGAAAGAUCAGAACAUCACUGGUUUCAUCUUCAUCAGGUGGACCAGAUGUGUUGGACUCUAACUUCAGGUCCAUCUCAGCUGAUUUUAUGUUUAUUAUAAAACAUUCAGCAGAUUCAUGUUAUUCCAUUUAUGUCCUGUACAGCUCGAUGGAGACUUUUACUGCACUGCCACCUAGUGGUCUUUAAUAAUAACGGAAAUCUCUGUUUCAAUUAUUUUUUAACUAAAUUAUAACUUGAUUAAAUUCAUUUAUUUAGUCAUAAUGAGUAAAACUUGCAUCAAUCCAUUGAAACACUCAUAUUUACAUGUAAUCAAAAAACAUUUCACUUGAAUCCAAUCAAAGUACAGACCCAGAAAUUGGAUUCAGGACAUCAUUUGAAACUAAAUUGUAAAAUCUUGUGUAUCUAAGGGAUUCCAAGUGAUUCCAACUAAUUGA